UCUACAUGGUGAGCGUUUGCAACGAAACUCGAGAAAGCUAAACUCUCAACCUAAAUCUAUGUCACUGGAUAUCACGUUCGAUAUUUAUUCGGACAGAUAAAUAGGUAGAAGCUACUGUAUAUUUCUAGGGUCUAUAGCAUAAGCUAUAUCUGCCUUGCACGUCUUCUUUAGACUUUACAGGGGCUCGAGCCACACUGAGUUGGACGCGCGGGUGCAUCAAUUUGUGGUUAUGUAGGUUGGACCGAAUAUAAUCCAUCGGGGAACCAGAGCACUUUGACACGAGUGGACAGUAGGCUACUGUUUCUUACUCCUUUAAGAGUGUCGAUACAUGGAAUUUCCAUCACACUACCCUUGAUGUUUUUUCAUUUGUCUCGGUUGCAAAUAUUGUCAAACUUGCUUUUUUUAAUCUUUGCAUGGAUUCUGCAUGUAGACAUUUAGUUGAUUACCAGCACUCUUGGGCGGAAAUUAACAUCUGUCUCUCAAGCAAACAGUGAAAUACUGUAGCCACCUCGCGCGAGUCAGGGUUGGAUUUCAGCGAUGAGAAAGCGAUGGAACUUAUCGCAUUGUCUAUUGGUGCUGUUUUCAAUGAUGGUUCUUUGGCAGUCAAGAUCAAGAGUGGAAUUGUCUGCCUAUGCUUCAGAUGCCUUCAAAAACAAUAUCACUCUCUUCACCCGGAUAUUGGACAGCCUUCUGGAUGGCUAUGACAACCGUUUACGACCUGGACUUGGUGAUCGAGUGACAGAGGUGAAGACUGAUAUUUAUGUCACAAGUCUCGGUCCAGUGUCAGACACAGACAUGGAGUACACUGUGGAUGUGUUCUUCCGCCAGAGCUGGAUUGAUGAACGUCUGAAGUUCAACGGGCCCAUGAAUAUUCUACGCUUGAACAACUUAAUGGCCAGUAAGAUCUGGACGCCUGACACCUUCUUCCACAAUGGGAAGAAGUCUGUGGCUCACAAUAUGACCAUGCCCAACAAGCUGCUUCGGAUCAUGGACAAUGGAACAUUGCUGUACACGAUGAGGUUAACGGUCCAGGCAGAAUGUCCCAUGCACCUUGAAGACUUCCCUAUGGAUUCCCACUCUUGUCCACUGAAGUUUGGCAGCUAUGCCUACACAAUGGCGGAGGUGACAUACAUUUGGACCCAAAAUGCAUCAACGUCAUUGGAUGUAGCAGAGGAGGGAUCAAGACUAAACCAGUAUCACCUUCAGGGCCGUAGUGUUGGGACAGAGACCAUUAAAUCAAGCACUGGUGAAUACACUGUCAUGACAGCCCACUUUCACCUGAAGAGGAAGAUUGGCUACUUUGUGAUCCAGACUUACCUGCCCUGCAUCAUGACAGUGAUCCUUUCCCAGGUCUCCUUCUGGCUCAACCGAGAGUCUGUGCCCGCCAGAACUGUAUUUGGUGUGACUACUGUGCUCACAAUGACAACUCUCAGUAUCAGCGCCCGUAACUCUCUUCCGAAGGUGGCCUACGCUACAGCCAUGGAUUGGUUCAUUGCGGUGUGCUACGCUUUUGUAUUCUCUGCCCUCAUCGAGUUUGCUACUGUCAACUACUUCACCAAAAGAGGCUGGGCCUGGGAUGGCAAAAGUGUGGUGAACGUCAAGAAGAAGGAGGUAUCCGUCAUGAAGAAAAACAACGCUUAUGCCGUUGCUGUGGCAAACUAUGCCCCAAACAUCACUAAAGACCAAGGUAGCCUGCCCACCAUCUCAAAGAGUGCCACCUCUGACACCAACAAGGCUAAACCAGAGGUUAAACCUGAGCAGAACAAGAAGACCUUCAACAGUGUUAGCAAAAUUGACCGUAUGUCCCGGAUUAUGUUCCCUGUUCUUUUUGGGGGUUUCAACCUGGUCUACUGGGCCACCUACCUGAACAGAGAACCAGUCAUAAAAGACAUGGUCCCAUCAAAAUGAAUACAAAAUAUUUACUUUGCAAGGACACAGGACUCACUUUACACAGCCAACCCAGGACUGAUUAUCUGUGUGCUUUUAAUGUGUGUGUUCGGCUAGUAUGGUGGCUUUCUUUUGCCAGUGUGUUUAUUACAAGGAAACAGCCAGGUACAGUAAAUGAUAACUAACAAGUUUAAUUGUAAUAUGAUUGAGAAUUUAUAAAGUUUGUAAAGAGGUUGACAUUAACUUGACUGACUUUUGUUUAUAAUGACGUAAGGGUCUAAAAUAUUUACACAAAUAGAGACAGCGCUGGUGCUUUACCUUCCACUUGAGGUUCUUAUUAAUGAACCUGAAAGAAAUCAACUGCCAGGAAUUCAGUCAACAUAAAAAAUAGUCACAUUUUAAUCAUACUGUAACCUUUUAUGAACUAGAAAGCACAUGUAUUAGAAAGCAUAGACACCAAUUUUCAUUUUUUGCAUAAUUAACCCCACCCUACCCUUUAUAUUUAUGAAAAAGCUUUUCUAUAUGCUAAUUGGAAUUACAUUAAUAAGUGGAAAAUAAAGGCACAUAAGUUAUUUUGCACCAUUCUUUUGCACCAUCACAAAGUGUAUACAGGUACUGUACUGUACAUACAUAGUGAGUGUUGAUCAUGCAGACCUCCACGUUACACAGCUAAAGUAAGUGUGAGUUCAGGGUUGGAUCACUACUGUAUUCCUAUCGUAGCUUUUGUGAAGACUUACAGGCUCAAAGACACUGUGACAGAAGUGAAAUGAAUGGACACAAAGUGUCAGUGAAGCUUGCAGGAAUGUUCUGUAAUGUGUAUAUUUAAUAUCACUCUUAUUUAUUCAAUAUAUAUUUUUUGGUAGAUUCAUUUUAUCACAAUCAAGUAUGUGAUUUCUUGUUCUUAUUUUAUUUCUCAUGCAACGUAGCAUUCUUCUCUGAUUCAGAUCAAAGAACCCAGAUACAUAAGUGCUUUAGUCUCCAUAGAUUUUCUAAUGAAAUCCAUCGUAGUACUUUAUGUGAAAGUCUGCUCAUUAACUGCUUGCAAAAAGUAUGAAAAUGUGUUUUUUUAUUAUGCUAUUGAUUAGUAUUGAUUAGUUUUAUUGUUUAUUGUCUCUGUUCUGAAUUUUUUGACUCAACUCAAUCAUAUGAUCAAAGUGUUCGGUUUUAGCGGAGGGUGAGAGAUCUGUGCAAUGGCAUUUCUAUUGUUAAGAAAUAUGUAGUUUUGUGGAAUGUGUUACAGUGUUGUAUAAACAUUUAGUAUACGUAAAGGUGUGGCACAAAAUAUUUAAACUUCAUCAUGAUAAUUCACUCAAUGAAAUCACAAUGGUAACAAUUUUUUCAAUAUGAAUUUUUAGCUUUUACUGGAUGUCCGAGAAUUGUUGUUACUAUCAUAUUUUUUCAUGGUGAUAUUGUUGUCAAAAUCACAGAAAAUAGUUAAUCUAUUUUUAAAUAAAAUGCGCACAAACACAC